GCUUUCUGCUGACACACUGUUGCGCCUCCCUGGAUGAGCCACCGCAGGUCAAAAAUGUCAACUCCAGUUUUCACCCGAAUUUAGACAAAAAAAGUGGUUCAGAGUUUUAUGUUUGCUUUUCCUCCUCAUUGUGCGAAAAAACAACAAACAGUGAAGUGAGAAAACGCCUGAGAACUUGCUCUUCAUUCUCUGAGGUUGACCCCCUGUGACCUCAAAUCAUGGCCUACACACUGGGUAUGGCGCCGGAUGGUCGUACCCGCAGUGUUGUACCACAGCACUGCGUCACUCGGGUCGAGCUAUCCGUCACUGCGUCCAGUCUGCUUGAUCGAGAUGUAGCCUCCAAAUCGGACCCGUUCUGCGUUCUCUUCCAUGAAGUGGAUGGAAAUUGGGUGGAGCUGGGACGGACUGAGACAGCAGUGAACAACCUGAACCCAGUGUUUGGGGUGAAGUUCCAGGUGGACUAUCACUUCGAAGAGAUUCAGAAGCUUCGCUUCGCCAUGUUCGAUGAAGACAAGUGUGCCACUCAGCUUUAUGAACACGACUUCCUGGGAGAAUUCAUCUGUACACUGGGAGUGAUUGUGUCCAAUAAGAAACUUCACAGACCGUUGAUAUUAGCCAAUGGGAAGCCAGCUGGCAAAGGUUCUAUUACGAUAACAGCGCAGGAGCUGUCUGACAACAGAAUCAUCACUUUGACCCUGAGUGGGCGUAAACUGGAUAAGAAGGACUUCUUUGGAAAAUCAGAUCCCUACCUGGAGUUUCACAAACAAGGAGAAGAUGGUAAAUGGAUGCUGGUGCACCGGACAGAGGUCAUAAAGAACACAUUAGACCCGGUGUGGAAACCUUUCACUGUGCCUCUCAUUUCUCUCUGCAAUGGAGAUGUGGAUAGAAGCAUUAAGGUGCUGUGUUAUGAUUACGAUAAUGAUGGAGGCCAUGACUUCAUUGGAGAGUUUCAGACCACAGUUUCCAAGAUGAGUGAAGCACAGAACUCGGUGGAGGUGGAGUUUGACUGCAUCAAUCCCAAGAAACAAAAAAAGAAGAAAAACUACAAAAACUCAGGAGUCAUCAUCAUUAGGUCCUGUAAGAUUGCACACGAUUAUACCUUUCUGGAUUACAUACUGGGAGGAUGCCAGCUCAUGUUUACAGUCGGCAUCGACUUCACAGCGUCUAACGGGAACCCCAGAGAACCGUCCUCUCUCCACUACAUCAACCCGCUGGGCAGCAACGAGUAUCUCUCUGCCAUUUUAGCUGUUGGGCAAAUCAUACAGGACUAUGACACUGACAAAAUGUUUCCUGCACUGGGAUUUGGAGCCCAACUCCCACCAGACUGGAAGGUAUCACAUGAAUUUGCCAUCAACUUCAAUCCCACUAAUCCUUUUUGUUAUGGUGUGGAGGGCAUCGCCCAGGCUUACUCUGCCUGUCUCCCUCACAUUCGCUUCUAUGGGCCAACAAACUUCGCUCCAAUCAUCAACCACGUUGCUCGCUUUGCCGCUCAGGCACUUCAGCAGGAGAAAGCAGCGCAGUACUUCACUCUCCUCAUCAUAACAGAUGGUGUCAUCAGUGACAUGGAUGAGACACGCCAUGCCAUCGUUCAGGCCUCUAAGUUGCCAAUGUCCAUCAUCAUCAUUGGUGUUGGUAACGCAGACUUUGCUGCCAUGGAGUUUCUGGAUGGAGAUGCCAGUGUUCUGAGGUCCAACACAGGAGAGGAGGCUCUCCGUGACAUUGUGCAGUUUGUCCCAUUCAGGGAUUUCCGUAACGCACCGAAGGAGACACUUGCUAAAUCUGUCCUGGCCGAGCUCCCUCAGCAGGUCACCCAGUACUUUAAACAGCGAAAUCUACCGCCCAUCAAUCCGGCGCCGGAGUGAGACGUUCUGAGAUCCAGAGUCCACUCGCUGUAUAUUAGCUUGACAGAUCCUAAAAAUGUUCUUGUUACAGGCAAAUCGUGCAGAAUGAAAGUGUGUAUGUCAAAAAAACAACCUAACAUCCAUGCUCUCAUAUUUUCUACUGGUUAAAGACUGUUCGGUCAGUUUCAAGUGCGAGUCCAUCAGAAGUGAUGUUUUCUGUGUCCAAAAGCUUAUCAAAACUGAGGUAAAUUACCUUGACACAACAGGAUGUGUUUUUUAUUUAUUUAUUUAACAUGUCAGUGUGUCAUGUGACAGGGAACAUGUGAUCCAUGGACCUCCAUUGUGUAGAAACCCUUUUUGAAGUGGAACAGUACCCAUGGCUGAAUCCUUUAGAAGUUUUAUUUGAGGUAGCAGAUGUGAUGGAACCUGUUUGCUGUUGUGCUCAUGUUCAGCAAACUCUCAGUAUUUCCUCAGCCACGGCAGAGAGAGGUUUUUAUCUGGAAGCUGUGAUCAACAGUUAUAGUAUCUGAGCAGUGGGAGGAACAAAUCAGAGCAGAAUGAGGCCACAGUGACUGCUGUAGCAACAUCACAGCGUAGAUGUGGGAGACUGUGUGAACUCAUUAGGAUAUUUAACAUGGAGACAUUUCUGUUUGCUUUGCACAAUUCCUGUAUUUAUUGUAACCUGAGUUGAUCCUGCAUGUUGCCAGUAUUUCCAUAUUCUUUACAAAAGCUGACGAUCACAAAUGCAUGUUUUUGUUUAUGUAAAUAUUUAAUCAGAUGAAAAUAUUUCAUUAACGUUUCAUGAAAGAAAAGUGUUUGACAAAGAAAAAUAAUUAUAAGACAUUUGAAUAAGCAGAAAGUACAGAGAAACUGUGAGUUUGAAUUUUCCGAAUGUAUAUUUCUAUGAUGCUGUUUCUGAAAUUAUAAACGUUUCUGCCAUGUUAAAUGUCAUUUUUAUGCAGUGCUGAAUUGUGUAAUUAAACUACAAUGUGUAUUCCUGUGA